AUGUUUGAUUCCAUCAGACGCUUUUUCAAGUUCAUACUUGGAGGACACGAGGACAUAUAUGCCUUGGAUCAUGCUAUCCUCAACGUGGCCGUUCCUCCCGAGCACAUGUGGAUGAAUAUGGGCUACUGGAAGGACACCAAGUCAUUUCCCGACGCGUGCAAGGCUCUUCUCGACAAAGUUCUGGUUACAGCCGGACUUCUCAAUGAGGAUAAGACUCCGAUUACAGAGUCACUGUGCGAUGCCCAUCCGGAAGACGCGAAGCAGAGUGUUAACUUUAAGCUGAUUGACGUUGGAAUUGGGUGCGGCGAUCAGUCACUGUACUUGACCAGAAGGCUUCAUCGAUCGACGACUACUGGUAGUGGCAACGGUAACGUAAGAGACACGACGAUAAAGGACCAGACGCUGGUUCCAUUGUUUGACUCAUACGUUGGGAUCAAUAUCACCUCGGCUCAAGCGAACCUCGCACGACAUCGUCUCGAGACUACUGCAGAAUAUAAGUCUACUUCUCCCCCAGAAUGGACGUCAGACGUAAAGAUUUUUGCGGCAGAUGCUGCUCGUCCUGCUUCCUGGGACCGAACGCUUAACGAAGCUAUCUUUGGCACAAUACCGCCAAAGUCCACGCUAGAAACAUCUAGUGCUCCAUUAAAUGGGAAGGAACACGUGUGGCUGUUGGGUCUCGAUACGCUUUAUCACUUCCGACCAUCUCGCAUUCCGCUAUUUGAAUGUGCAUACAAAGAUAUGAAUGCCUCAAUCAUGGGAUUUGAUCUUUUAUUGGGAGAUUCUUUAUCCCUAUGGGAAAAACUCUGCUUGCGUCUGAUAUGCAUCGUUUCAGGUAUUCCUUACGGCAAUCUAAUGACCAAGAAGGAGUACGAGGGCAUGUUGAUCAGUGUUGGUUACGCACAAGAUAAUAUUAAAUUGGUGGACAUUUCCGACCAUACGUUCGCAGGUAUUGCAGACUUCCUCCGGGUAAAAGAAGCUGAACUGAACAAGUUCGGUAUGACAAUGGGAAGAUUGAAAACGCCGGGAAAGAUCUUUGACUGGUGGGCCAAAAGUGGUGUGAUCAAGGGCUAUGUGGUUGUCGCACGCAGAUAG